AUGACGUGGGAUGAUGCACAACGGCAUUGUGAAACUCAAAGAAGUCACCUAGCAACCUUCGAUACUGAACAGGAGUACUUAGACGUAUCAAACGCGUUAGAAGGUGAUUCGUUUUGGUUUGGUCUUCGUAAAAUAGCAGGAUUGUGGAAAUGGGUUGAUUUGCAAACGGUUUCCUAUGGCAAACUACCUUCAGAAAGUGAAGGUGCUUUACGAAACUCCGACUGUGUUCACGGGAAGCGAUUUGAAAGAUGGAGUGCCACCGUAUGUUCAGAGAAAAUGGGAUAUAUUUGCGAAUUUCUGCGUUAG